GACUACGGCUAGGUGACGAAGAGAUAUAUACUCCCAUUUUCCUCUUCGUUUUCCUGGUGUCAGAUCAAUCAUGCACCAUCCCAAUUCAAGGUGAAAGCCAUCAAAGUGUCAUUCCCCCAUUGUCAAUGAUUCACAGGAAACUCCGACACACAGACGGGCAGGCAGAGAAACAGAAAGGCAGCAUCAACAAGCGGGUUAGGGGGGAAACAAACAACCAUGCUACCCAGAGAGAUUAAUCUGCUUUACCGCCAGUCCUCAGGAACAAAAUGGGGGGAAAAUUCACAGUGAACACAACCCCCAGCUGUAAAAUCAGCUAAUAAACAUCGUCAAACCAUAUGCAGAAAAGUGCUGAGGUAAUCACGAGAUAAGAUAAGCUGGUGAAACUUUGCUCAAAAACCGCUGGCUUCAGACACCUUCAGGUGAGAUGCCAGGAGGUGGAUCCUUUUGUAAACUUUGUGUUAGCUGGAGGACACAGUCAGUUAAGAUCUGUGAAAUGCCUGCGUUCACCAUGCUGUGGACUGCAAGCCUCUGUCUCCUCUGGGCCUCAUCCAUCCUCGGCGCUCCAGUAAACAAACAGAGACAGAAGGUGCUCCUGAUCUCCUUCGAUGGCUUCCGGUGGGAUUACGACCAUGAUGUGGACACACCAAACCUUGACAAAAUGGCCAAGGAUGGAGUCAAAGCCCCGUACGUCACACCUCCUUACCUCACUAUCACCAGCCCUUCACACUUCACCCUCUUGACAGGCCGCUACGUUGAGAAUCACGGGGUAAUCCACAACAUGUGGUUCAACACGACCACCAAACUGAAAAAGCCUUACUACCAGACUCAGUUUGUGAAUGAGUGGUGGGACAAUGGCACUCUGCCUAUCUGGAUCACAGCGCAGAGACAGGGCCUAAAAGCUGGCUCUCUUCACUUUCCUGGCACAGCUUCCAGUUACCAGGGAGAGAAUGCUAUGAAGAAAGAAGUAGAGCCAGGGCUCUACAACUACAAGAACGAGACCGCUUGGCGAGUGAACACAGAUAAGGUGAUGGGUUGGCUGAGACACGAAGAUCUGGACUUUGUGUCCCUCUACUUUGGUGAGCCAGAUGGAGUAGGCCACAAAUAUGGUCCAGACUCCCCACAGCGACAGGAGAUGGUCAAGCAAGUUGACCGAACCGUGGGCUACAUUCGACAUUCAGCUGAACAACACGGGCUGACUGAUCUCCUGAACAUUAUCAUCACAGCUGACCACGGCAUGAGCACGGUGGUCAGAAAGCGUCCGGAUGACAUCACCCUCUACAAGAUCCCAGGGUUCUCAUUCAGUGACAUCUCCUUCUACCUGCUGGACUAUGGACCCUCUGGGAUGCUGCUGCCAAAACCAGGCAAACUGGAGAAGGUUUACAACACCUUGAAGGGGGUCCAUCCACACCUCCAUGUGUACAAGAAGGAGGAGAUGCCAAAACACCUCCAUUUUGCCAAAAACGAUCGUAUCCUUCCCAUCAUUUUAUGGGCUGACCCGGGAUAUCUGAUCAAUGCGCAUCUCCCAGUUCAGUUCAACAAAGGAGAGCACGGCUUUGACAACCAAGAGAUGGACAUGAAGGUUUUCUUCAGGGCAGUGGGCCCGGCAUUUCGUAAGAACCUAGUGGUGGAGCCCUUUGAGAGUGUGAACAUCUACCCCUUGAUGUGUCACAUCCUGGGCAUCCAGCCAGAGGUCAACGAUGGCCACCUGAAUGCCACCAAGUGCAUGCUGGUUCCUAAGACUACUACCAGUACUCAGGCCACAGGUAAGGGUGUGGAUCUCCGACAAAAUGCCUUUACUGGACUGGCCGCAGUGACUGGAUUCCUUGCCGUAGUUUUUAUAGUGGCGAUGUCCUACAAAAUAUUCAAGAAGAAAAGCAAGAGCGAAAGAUCAGGAAGUUUAAAAGAUAUUACAGAUGAAAAACCUGAAAAACAAACUGCAUUUUGAUCAUCACACAAAAAUGUAAUGCUUCAGGGUGAGACAGCUGCCUGCGGACAUUCCUUCCGACUGAUUGGCAUUACAUGUGAGGAAAGACAAUACCUGGAUUGCACAAAGAAUAA